AUGGGGGCCAAGGGCUCGAAGCGCAGGCCCCACACCUCGUCGUCCUACACGACCGAUGUAUUGGUAUCGACCACCACACCACCGGCCCCCGACGCCUCGUCGGCCUCGCCCGCGACUGCGCUGUGGGAGUGGGCCGACGACUCGCAGGUGUUCCGCGCCUACGACGCCGCGGCCACGGCCACCCUCGAGGCCGCCUUCGCGGCGGGCCAGACCGCGGUGACCCUCAUCCACGGCAGCCACCAACCAACACCACCACCACCUACUCCCGCGCCAUCCGCCGCAACCCCGCCUUUGCCACGCGCCGCCACCGCCACCGCCACCGCCACCACCACCUCCCUCUCGGGGAGCUCGGGCUCCUCUGGCUCCUCCUCUUCCUACACACCCACUUCUACCUCUGCCGACGGCACCGCCGCUGCCGCUGCCGCUGCUGGACCCGUGUGGGAGUUCGAGAAGGAGGACGGGGAAUGGGAGGCCUACGAUAAACUCACCACGCGUCUCCUCGAGGGAUCGCUGACGAACGGACGGGCCAACGUGGUCCUCAACCACGGUUCCUUUGCCGUGCCGGGCGGGUACAUGGUGGACUUUGUGGGUCUCACGCAGACCAAGCAGCAGUCGGCGCACGAGGUGGUGCGCGUGCGGCGCACGCCGGCCAUCGACCCAUUGCACUACCCGGCCAUCGCCCAGGCCAUCGCCAAGGCCGCUGCCAAGGGCGGCGGCGACGACGGCGACGAGGAAAAGAGCAGCGGGAAGGAGAAGGAGAAGGCCUUCUCGGGCGUGGGCAAGGGCAAGCUGCGGGAGGUGGGCAAGCUGACCCGGUGGGCGCGCGUGACGGACAAGCUCAUCCCCGAGGAGACCUGCCCCGUGUGCCUCUGCGAGUUCGAACAGGAGGAGGAGGAGGGGAAGGAGGAGGAGGAAGAGGAGGAGGGAAAGGGCAAGGAGGCCGAAGCCGACGGUAAGAAGAAGGACGCGUCCAAGAAGAAGAAGAAGAGCAAGAAGCAGCCCAAGGAGAAGGCCAUCGAGGACGAGGCCGACGAUGUCAUCGUGCGCCUGUCCCAGUGCCAGGGCCACUACUUCCACCGGGAUUGCAUCGUGCACUGCUUCAAGUCCGGGUUCCUGCAGUGCCCCAUCUGCAACGUGGUCUACGGCGUACGUAUCGGCACCAUGCCCGAGGGCACCAUGAACGUCUCCACUUCCGGGCCGAGCCUGAGCGGAUUCGAGGACUGCGGCACAAUCCAAAUCGAUUACUACUUCAGCAGUGGCAUACAGGGUCCGGAGCACCCCAACCCGGGCAUGAGUUACGGCGGCACCUCCCGAACGGCCUAUUUGCCGGACAACAAGGAGGGCCAGGAGAUCCUCAAGCUGUUCAAGAUCGCGUGGGAGCGACGGCUGCUGUUCACGGUCGGUCGAUCGGUCACGACCGGGGAGGACAACCAGGUGGUGUGGGGCGGCGUACACCAGAAGACCUGCACCUCGGGCGGCGCCACCAGCUUCGGCUACCCCGACCCCACCUACUUCGAACGAGUCAAGGCGGAGCUGGCAGCCAAGGGCGUGCAUCCGGAGUGA